GAUGUUCGUGGAAGCAAGUUGAUAUGGAAGAUGAUGUGCUUCGAAUAUUGCAAUACAGUUAUGAUCGCCUAAAUGAUGAGAUGGUCCAGAACUGCUUCUUAAGCUGUAUACUAUAUCCUGAAGAUGAAGAUAUAGAAAGAGAAACAUUGAUAGAACUUUGGAUCAAUGAGGGAUUGUUAGAUGAAAAAGAGAGUAAGGAAGAUCAAGUAGCAAAAGGGCAUACUAUUUUAAAUAAACUAGUAAACUGGUGUUUGUUGGAGUCAACCUUCAACCAAAAUCAGCAAAAGUGUGUGAAGAUGCAUGAUUUAAUAAGAGACAUGGCUAUUAAGAUGACAAAAGAAUCUCCUCGCUUCAUUGCAAAAUCAAGACUUAUGCUGAAGGAUGUGCCAGGAGAGGAGCAGUGGAGCAAGGAUCUCAAGAAGGUCUCAUUGAGUUAUAACCGUAUAAAAGAGAUUCCAUGUGGCAUGGCACCCGUGACCCCGCACCUCACAGUUCUGCUGCUUUCUCAUAAUAAAAAUCUUAAUAAAAUCCCAGAAUCAUUCUUUAUGCACAUGAGAUCCCUCACCGUUCUUGAUUUGUCUCACACCAAAAUUGAGAGUCUACCGGAGAGUGUUUCUAAUUUGGAAAAUCUAAGAGCACUUCUACUUAAAGGAUGUCAUGCUCUUAGUGAAAUCCAAGAAUCAUUCUUUAUGCACAUGAGAUCCCUCACUGUUCUUGAUUUGUCUGACACCAGAAUUAAGAGUCUACCGGAUAGUGUUUUUAAUUUGGAAAAUUUAAGAGCUCUCUUACUUGAAAGAUGUUACCAUCUUGAAUAUUUACCCUCAGUAGCAAAGCUUACCAAACUGAGGGUUUUAAAGUUUGACACAGAAAGGGAUAUUGAUCCUCCUUAUAACAAGUGUGGUAUAACACCUGAGGGGAUUGAGAGUUUAAAUCUUAAAAUGCUAAGUUUUGACCAGUGGAUUGUGUUUGAUGAUCUUAUUAGGUUUAAUAGACUGAUAGAAUCUUGGCAGGGGUGCGAUGAGCUAUAUUGGAAUUGUUUGGUGCUUUCUGGGGAAAAACAUAAACUAUAUCAUGAUGAAGAUGUUGUUUAUCUGUUGCUUUUCUGUAGAAACCACAAGAUUGUGACGAUAAAAUCUAUGGUAUUUGAUGUUGAGUACAAAGAUGAGCUGCCAAUAUUACUAUUACCUAGCACAACAACCGGGCUGAAUGUUAAAAAUAUUAGAGCAUUGAAGCAUCAAAGUCUGGGAAAUUUGUUGCCCUCAUUGGCUGGUACAGAAGAGUUGAGGUAUUUGUGGUUAGAAAAGUGUGAAGGAUUGGAGUACAUUUUAGCAUCCGAAGCAGCACAGCUAGACUCUGUUAUAGUUCCCUCUCUUGACAGCCUUGAGUAUUUAUGGUUGAAGAGGAUGCCUGAUUUGAGAGGGUUAUCAAACUCAAUUUCAGUUUCAACCCUUUCCCGUAUCAAGCACUUAUUUAUGAAGUUGUGUCCAAACAUAAAAGUGUUGUUUCCAAGGAAGUUACUACAACAUGACGAAACUCUAUUUCCUUUUAUGGAGACACUCGAAGUGGAGGAGUGCGACGAGUUGGAGGAGAUAUUUGAAGGAGGUGGGAGGUAUAGUUCAUGUUCACAGAGUGAGAAAGUGAGAAUGCUUGAUCCAAAUGCUUCCAGUCCAAACUCCAACUCCAUCCUUGUUCAUCUCCCUAAAUUAAGGGAGUUAUAUCUGGGGCAGCUACCCAAGUUGAAAAGAAUUCACGCACACCUGCAUCUAUAUCCUUCGUUGGUAUACCUUAAUGUAGAAGAUUGUCCAGAGAUACAACAGAUAUUUGAAGCAUCACAACCUACCCUUGCUCUUCCCAAGUUACGGGAAUUGUUUUUAAAGAAUUUACCAAAGUUGAGCAGCAUAUAUAGAGGGUUACUUCUGUGCACUUCUCUAAGAUGGCUCACUGCAGAAAAAUGUUUAAAGCUGAAGAGAUUGCCGCUGUUCUCCUUGUCCGAGCACCUAAUAUGUGAUGCCUCACCAAGUGCUUUGCUUUCCCUCCCCAUGGAUUUCGAAGAUCCAGAAUUGUGGGAGUUCUUGCGUAGCAAAUACCCCGAAGAUGCACGUCUUCUUUCUGCAGAAAUACGAUCUCAUCAGAAGCACCAGCUAAAGCGGAAAAGAGAAACGGCCCUUUCACUCUCACUUUCUUCUCCUCUUCAAUAAAAUGGAUAGUCAUCGUAAUAUUAGUUAUAGCCAUUAGCCAUGUUUUGUUUUUUGUCGCUUGAUUUUUUUAUUAAUUGUGUACAACUGUUUUACUCAUCCCCGUUCCCUCCAUUCAAAACC